AUGAUUGAGAAAGGAGUUGCCCCCGAUGUCAUCACUUACAAUUGUUUGGUCCAGGGUCUGUGCAAUUUAAGUAAAUGGAAGGACGUUGAAAAUCUCUUUACUGAGAUGAAGGCUUAUAAUAUUGUUCCUGAUGUUAUUACUUUUAAUAUUCUGAUUGAUGCACCAUGUAAGGAAGGACAGUUAGCUGUCGCAGAGCAGGUUUUAACUGCCAUGAUUCAGCAAAAUCAGAAUCCUACUGCAGUCACUGAUAGGUGUAUGCCUCGGUCCUCUCGUACAAGUGAUUUGAUUUUUGACCCUGAAGUAGAGAAGACCGCCCGUAGAACGAGAAAGGAAACCAGACAGUUCAGAGAGGAGCACUCCAGUGCUACAUCUCAGAGACCUGAGUCAGGAGUUGAACCAACAGAUUCAUUUGGUGGCACCUCGAGUGAGGAGCCGUAUAAGCAUCUGCAGGAGUUCGAUGUCGUGUGCAACAGUAUGAAGCCCCCGGGCAUUACAGAAGAGCAGAUAAAAAUGAGGGCAUUUCCCUUCUCCUUGAAAGAUUCUGCGAAGGACUGGGCCGCAAGUCUAAGAAAAGAAAUUUGUGGGAUCAAGCAGCGUCCAGGGGAGUCGCUCUAUGAGUAUUGGGAGCGGUUCAACUUCUUGUUGCACAAGUGUCCCCAGCACCAGAUAAGUGAGCAGUUGCUCAUUCAGUAUUUUUAUGAAGGACUCCUUUUCGGCGACAGGAGCAUAAUUGAUGCUGCAAGUGGAGGUGCACUGGUGAACAAAACCCCUCAAGAAGCACGGGAGUUGAUUGAGAGGAUGGCAGAGAAUUCACAACAAUUCGGUACGAGAGAGGAUUGUCCAAUACGCAGGGUGAAUGAGGUAGAGACACCCUCUAUGCAGCAGCAGCUAGCUGAGUUGACCGCGAAGAAACUGCAGAACAGGUGA